AUGUCCAAGCUAAACAUGUCUGAUGGGAUUGCUGCAAAUGGGGUUGGUCCUUAUGCUCUUCCGAAUGGUGUGGGAACGGUGGCUGGCGAACAUCCGUAUGGGGAGCAUCCAUCAAGAACAUUAUUUGUUCGGAAUAUCAAUAGUAACGUAGAGGACGCUGAAUUGAGAUCUCUCUUUGAGCAAUAUGGAGAUAUCAGAACAUUAUACACUGCAUGCAAGCAUAGAGGCUUUGUGAUGAUAUCUUACUAUGAUAUUCGAGAUGCUCGGACCGCAAUGCGUGCACUACAAAAUAAGCCCUUAAGGCGGAGAAAACUGGACAUUCAUUUUUCAAUUCCCAAGGAUAACCCUUCUGAAAAGGAUAUAAAUCAAGGAACUCUCGUGGUGUUCAAUUUGGAUGCGUCUGUAUCAAAUGAUGAUCUUCGCCUAAUAUUUGGGGCUUAUGGAGAGGUCAAAGAGAUAAGAGAAACACCUCACAAGCGGCACCAUAAAUUCAUUGAAUUUUAUGAUGUUAGAGCUGCGGAGGCAGCUCUCAGAGCAUUAAAUAAGAGUGAUAUUGCUGGGAAACGCAUUAAGCUUGAACCUAGCCGCCCUGGUGGAGCACGUAGAACUAUGAUGCAGCAAAUAAGUCAAGAGCUGGAACAAGAUGAAGUUCGAAGUUUCCGACAUCAAGUAGGCUCACCAGUGGGAAACUCUCCUCCAGGUACUUGGGCACAAUUUGGCAGCCCAGUUGAACAUAGUCCAUUGCAUGAUUUAAGCAAGUCCCCAGGGCUUGGAAGUUUCAGCCCUAUCGCCCCAAUUGGCAAGGACCAUGGAAGGGCUAACCAUGCCAACCAGAUGCUUAACAACUGUGGAUCAAUGCAAGGGGCUGCCUAUCAGCAUUCUCGUUCAUUCACUGACCAGAAAUUGAGCACGAGUCCUGUUCCCAUGUCUGCUUUUGGGGAAUCGAAUUCAAAUUCAUCUGGUAUAGGCACAUUGACUGGUCCUCAGUUUCUCUGGGGAAGUCCUGCUUCUUACUCUGAGAGUGCCAGUUCUUCUGCUUGGCCAACAUCAUCUGCUGGAAAUGCAUUUCCAUCACGUGGUCAAGGACAGGGUUUCCCACUCACCAGCAGGCAUGGAUCUCUCCUUGGUUCGCAUCACCAUCACGUUGGAUCUGCUCCAUCUGGCCUUCCUCUUGAUAGGCAUUUUGGCUUCUUCCCAGAAUCACCGGAAACAUCCUUCAUGAACCAAGUUGCAUUGGGGGGCAUGGGUUUAAAUCGAAGCACUGGAAGUUAUAUUAUGAACAUGGGUGGCCGUGCAGCUAUGGGUGCGGGCAUUGGACUUCCAGGACCACCCCUGACUGAAAAUGGUUCAUCCAGUUACAGGAUGAUGUCCCUGCCUAGGCAUAAUCCUAUGUUUUUGGGGGCUGGUUCUUAUUCAGGACCAGGGACAAUUAUCAAUGAAGGAUUUGCUGAACGUGUUAGAAGUCGGCGAGUUGAGAAUAGUGGGAGCCAGAUAGAUAGCAAGAAGCAGUAUCAGCUUGAUUUGGAUAAGAUCAUUAGAGGGGAAGAUACGAGGACAACUUUAAUGAUUAAAAACAUCCCUAAUAAGUACACAUCAAAGAUGCUGCUGGCUGCUAUUGAUGAAAAUCACCGUGGUACUUAUGACUUUCUCUAUCUUCCCAUUGAUUUCAAGAAUAAAUGCAAUGUGGGCUAUGCCUUCAUUAAUAUGGUGUCUCCCUCACGCAUCAUUUCCUUCUAUGAGGCAUUUAAUGGGAAGAGGUGGGAGAAAUUUAAUAGUGAAAAAGUUGCUUCACUGGCAUAUGCACGAAUUCAGGGCAAGGCUGCCCUUGUGACGCACUUUCAGAAUUCAAGCUUAAUGAAUGAAGAUAAGCGGUGCCGUCCAAUUCUCUUCCACUCCGAGGGCCAAGAGGCUGCUGAUCAGGAACCUUUCCUAUCUGGUAAUUUAAACAUCUGUAUCCGUCAGCCCGAUGGUUCUUAUUUUGGGGAUUCGUUGGACAGCCCAGAGGACAGUCUGGAUGAGAAACUGGAGAAGAAUUAA